AAGGCGCUUCCCGGCGCCCUGGCCACCGCCAUGACCGGCACCGUGGUUCCCAAGUUUGAGGCGGCGACGCGCGAGAUGUUCGAGCAGGUCAAGGGCGCGUUUGAAAAAGGGAUGGACGACAUCGCGCAGGAGCUGUACACCCAGAAGGAGAACGCCAUCGCCGCGGAGGCCACGCCGCUCAUCUCCUCCCUGCGCCUGGCGUCAUCCGAGGUUAGGGGCGCGGCGGAGGCGUUGCUCACCAUGGAGUCGAUCCCGAACGGGGGCGGAUCCAAGACGGGUCCGGGGGCGAAGACGGUUCAGGCGACGUCGCUCGAGGAGCUGGAGGCCACGAUGGACCCGACGAUCGAGCUCGGGCGGCUCGUGGACGAAGGGAACUACGAGGAGGCGUUCCAGAAGGCUCUCGGGAUGGCGUCGGUCGAGACGGUGACGUGGACGUGCGGCAGGUGCGAGCCCGUGCGCGACGACAUCUUCGGCGCAGUCCCGGUGCCCCUGUCGCAGACGGUGCUCCUGUCGCUGAUGCAGCAGCUGAGCAGCGAUCUGGACGACGAGCCGUCGCUGAAGCUGCAGUGGAUCCAGGCGGCGUGCCUGGCGAUGGACCCGAGCGAUCAGUCCCUCGCGCAGGCGCUACCGGUCAUCCUCGGGGCGGUGUUCGACUCGCUCACGGAGACGGCGCAGGCGCCCGACACCCCGGCUGGGGUCCGCGGAGACCUCAGGCUGGUGCUGCACGUCGUCAACUCGCUCCUG